AAAUAUUAUUAAUGCAAACAAUUCAGAAAAUUCAGAGCUAUCUUUUGGUAUAUUCAGUUAAACAAUGUUGUUUUGGACAUUUUUCAGGAUGACGAAAUUCAAAAGCUCGUAUUGAUAGAUCCCAUACAAAAACAAGAAACACAACAUAUUGUUUUUUGAUUUCUGAAAAACUUGUAAAAACGACUUACGACGGUCGAUAUGUACAUACAUACGGAGAAAAAAAUUUAAACUCUCCGUAAUGGUGUUCGACAACAAAGAAAACUGGGAGACUUUUGAACUCAGUAUUAUAAGGUCAAAACUCAUAAACCUCCAAACCAAAAGAGUUUUUUUUUCUUCCAUGAGGGCCCGAACAUAAUGGGCCCUCUGUACUCUUAAUUUCUCAGUGGCCCUGGAAACCUAAAUCAUUAUAACCAAGGUUUUCAAUCUAUUAGCUUCAUCGAUGCUGGGCAACUCGAAUGCUCAUUACUCUUUACAUACUCUUUCUUAGAACUUUGGUAACCUGCAAACAAUGAAUUCGCAGUCGCAGAGCACACACUAUCGCUUGUUUCUACUGAGUGAUGAUGCCAAUUGCCAGGCAACAUCCAGUCAUGGAACAAAUUCAAUUGGUUCUAAAGACUGAAAUCAGUCGGUGUUGCUUCGUCGCUUGGACAAGAACUGGUAUAGAACUGCUUGUGACUGAAUAAAAACUUCUUCUCAUAGAUAACUUUAUGAAACAAAGUAUUAAAUCAAAUUCAUAAACAUAUCGAGUUAAUGUUUUGCUACACUCAAAUAGCUAAAUACGCAAUGAAACUUUAAAAACUCUUUGUAUAUUUACCCCACUCUGCACAUCAAAACUAAAGAAACGCUCGACUCAAUGAAUCGUCUAAAGACGCGAGAUUUAUCGACUAGAUAAACUUACUAUCUAUCAGUCUUUAAGAUUUAAAAAAAAAACGAAGUUUUUUGUGAUGAUUUAUAGUCUCCAACCUGUUUAACAAUACAAAUUAAAAAGCGCGCUGUGAUAUAGAAUCUAAAAAUACAACUAAUUACCUAUUCAAUGAAAUAAAGUAAGACUCAUAUUGAAUUAUAAUAAAUAAAAAAAACGAGUGAGCAGCCUACAAACAAACAUCAGCAUCAUUGAAUCAACUGAACGAAUUAAAUAUAAUCGUAAGGAGCAGCUAGAAAUACAUGAUGUCAAUAGAACUUUAUCAACGGAUCAACACCUUCAACACUCCUGCGAUGGCUUCGCUUAGUUCUCGAUAUGAAAAACUUCUCUUAUCAGAGAAUCACUCUGAUUGUGUAUUUUUAGUCGGUACUUCUAUUUUCCGAUGUCAUAAACUAGUUCUAUCAGCUGCCAGUCCAGUAUUCGAUGCAAUGUUCUUUGGUUCUAUGCGUGAAAAGGAUGCCAUUGAAAUUUGUGACAUGAACCCGAAAAUUUUUCAAAAACUCAUCUUCUAUGUCUACACAGCUCGUUUAGACCUUGAUAGCGACUCUAUUGAGGAUGUUUUAGAGUUGUAUUAUGGAGCAGAGAAAUAUCUUUUGAAUGACCUCAUUGUUGGAUGUUUGAAUGCAGUCAAACAAAAGCUACGGUUUGAUAACAUUUUGCCUGCACUGGAAUUAAGUUUUUGCAUAAAUUUAAAACCUCUCAUACAGAUCUGCACACACUUCCUCACUCAUUGCUGUCUUAAUGAUGUUCAGUUUAUGACAUAUCUAAAGAACAACUAUUUCCAUAUAACAAAAGACUGUGUCAAGGCAAUUAUAUCCCACAAUAAGGAUUUAAAAUCGUUGAUAUGGUUCGUCUUUGAAUGGUGCCAUCACGAAUGCGAGUAUCUUGGGUUGAAGCAAAAUGAUUGUGAGUUGAUUACUGAGGAUCUUCAACUGGAUUUGUCUAAGUUGAAAACUGGUUACGAAGAAAUCUGUGUUCGAAUCAAAAAACUGUCUAACACAGUCGAGAGAAGUUACUACAAGGCGUGUCGUCCUUUUAAAAUCGAUUCGGAGGAUUUCGAAUGGAAUAUGACAUUGAGAUCUGACAGAUUUAUAUCCCUAUUAGGACUGAUAAUAAAAAGUCGUUUGAAGCCACUUUCAAGAGGAGUGGCUGACGAUGCCACUGUAAGUUCAAACGAAUACAGAGAAAAUCUACAGAUUGAGAUACGAGCAAAAAUGGCAGUGAACAAUGAAACCGGCAACGAACGAGUGAUUCUGCAGCAUAUUGUGGACAAAGAACACACCAGAUAUAAUUGCGAUCUAAACAUUGUUUGGGAUGACGCUGUUGUUCUUUCACCUGAUGCAGAAUAUAGAGUUAGGCUCACUUGGCAAACAAAUGCUUUUGGAGCUGAAUACCCUUGUAGCCUUCAAUCAGAUGAAGUUGAUGGUAUACAGUUUAAAGACAUCACUCAUCACUUCGGCAGUAUAGUCAAAGGCCUGAAAUUCUUAAACUUAGUUGUUUAGUAUAAAGUAUUUUGAUGCAAAAUUACAAGAUCCACUUUUCAUUUUAUUUUACAUAUUUAUGCUUAGUUUAUAUUCUAAUUUAAGUUAAUUUUUGUCUGAAAAGUAAGGUCAAUAAACUUGU